AUGGGGCCCCCGGGCAAUAGGAGAUCAUGAGGCCCCUGUGUCCUUGCCCAAACUCAAAAAAGCCUAUGAAAAAGGUACCAGGGGCAUCUCAUGGCACCCCCUACUGACCCCGGGCCCUCGGGCAGUGCCCGAGUUUCCAAGUGGUCAGUCCGCCCCUGCUCUAGCCCCCUUGUUAGUUUUGUUGCCCUUCGCUGGACUCUCUCCAGUUCCAGCACAUCCUUCCUGAGGACUGGUGUCUAGAACUGGAUGGCAUGCUCAAGAUGCGGCUGGACCAGAGUCUUUGUUACCUAUAACGCUGCCACCUCCUCCUCACUCCCUCUCUCUGU